AUGGUAAUUUCCCGAACAGUUGUCGACGAGGCAACAGAAUCUGCUGAGUAUGACCUCCCAAAAUACAACACAGGUGAACUUCCUGGGAUCGGACAUCUAAAGAUGAUCAUGGAUCCUGUGCGGCAGUAUUUCCCAGUGAAAGUGACUAUAAAGUCAAAGAUCGAGGCUUUGGAGAGAGUUACGGACUUACCAAGCAGAGAAGUAGAGAGGGGUCCAAAUAAUGCAAAUGCCCUAAACCCCGCCAUUACGCCACCUCCGAGCUCUGCAACCUUUAUUCCUCUCCAGACCAACUCAACCUCUCAUUUCACUCCCGCGAUUACCAAGCGAAGAGAAGAAAACCCUUCACUCCUCUCCGAUCAGACUCACGAAGCUUCUACCAUGGAUCCGCCCGUACCCGAACGCUCCUCGAUUCCCUCCGGCGAGAACUCCGUUUGGGCCGACGCCUCGCCGCUUCUCGCCGCCGCCUGCGGAGAUCUUGAAGACGGUCAGCUUAUUCAUGGUGACAACUUUAAUCUCUUUGCUGCCAUGUCUGCCCUAGAGAUAAUGGACCCGAAGAUGGAUUCGGGCAUCGUUUGUAAAUAUUACUCUGUUGAAGAAGCAAUUGAGGAUGGUGCUGCUCCACUUCCUAUUAGUUGUGAUAAAACUGUUGAUGUUCGAUGCACUAUUGAUAUUGUGGACCAUCUUCUCUCCUGCGAGGCAACAUGGCACAAGGGUCAUUCAUUGUCACAAACUGUCUUCUCGUGUAUCUAUCUUCUGAGGCCUGAGAGGACGUCUUCACAUGCCUUAUUGCAUUCAUUUUGCAGAGUCAUACGAGCAACCUGCAAGGCAGUCAUUUCAGUUGUUUCAGAUGCACGUACACAUGAAGAAGAGGAUCUGUUUACAAUGAAUUAUGGUCUUCCUUUGAAUGGGGAUGGAGAUGACAAGUGCUUAUCCAUGCUAAAUGCUGUUGAAGAAACAAUUAGUCGUCAAUUGCGUGCUUGUAAAGCACCGUCAUCAUUGAAAAGAAGAGUGUUAGAAGAUACAGAGCCAUUGCAAACUAAUAUUGAUAUGGAGGAAGGCUACUGCAAAGCUUUGUUAUGCCGCUUACGCUUUCGUAAGCAUUUUUACCAUGUUCUUACAUGUUUGAGGCGGCCACAAGGCAGAGGUUUGGAGUUGGCAAGAAAACAUAUAGCCUCCUGCAUAAUGGAGUUGGAAUCCAUUCUUUCUUCAUCGGAAUUCCUUAGAUCCAGUUCUUCUGAAGCUUGGGAAGGUGGUGUAGAAAAUAAAACCACAGCUUCUGGUUGUCAACCAAUUGGAUUUGAUGCUAGUUUGAAUUGCAGAUUAUCUGCCCCUACGCCUCCACGUGCUAUUAAAAUUCUGAGUUGGAAAGAGGCUAUUGAAUAUUUUCUGAAACUUCUUCAUGAUCUAGACAUAAUAUGUUCAUACUCGUUGGAUUCCUCACUGGAGAAUUUAUUGAACUUUGUUGUUCAGUUUCAAAAAUCUCAACCUGAUUUGGUUGCCAGAGCUCAUCUCCAGCUUCUUCUGGUUCAAGAUGGGAAAAUCCAUGGACGGGAUCCUGUAUUUGCCAUUAUUAGUAGAGCUGCAGCAUUGCCUGAAGCUACAAAGAACCAUGAUAUUCAAAAGAAUGAAUUCAUUUUACAACUGGGACAGUUAGUUAUCAAUCUGCUCAAAAUUGUUUGUUCAAAUAGUGCAUGGCAGAGGCGUAAGCUUGGGAAGAUUGUACAGGAUUGGCGUGUAAUAUACUUACAGCUAGAGAUGGCUUUCAAAAAGGAGUGUGGCGAUAACCCAAGCUUGUCAAAUGAAGAGAACGCAAGUAUGAAAAUAUUUCAACAUAUACUUGUUUGGGUGGAAGAGCAAACAUACUGGAUAGCUUCUCGUUUUCUCAUUUUGGGCUUUGAAUUGGAGCUAUAUUCGCCCAGUGAAUAUUGCAUGGUAUAUUGGUAUUUAUAUGUUGUCCUGGUCAAGCUUGCAGAGAAAAUACAUAUUAAGAUGGUAGCGACCAACAGCGCUGGUAAGAAGAGAGGAAAGAAAAAAAGAGAUGCACCAAAAGAUGCGGCAAAAGAUUACCGAAUCCCUCCGGGAGUUUUAUUUCUUCAGUGUCAGAUAUGCCUUGCUGAAGGGCUCACUAUGAUGCUUGCUGCUCUCAGGAAUGAACACGGAAUCUUACAGAGUCGGAGCCCUUUUAAUACUGAGCAUGAGCGAUUUAUUCAGCACUUUGAGCUCCUACAGAAAGCUAGCAUUCCAGACCACAUGUCGUACCCGUCGUUUAAGGAAUCCACAAGCUAUGCUUGUUUCUCGAACCUACUUAUGUACAAUUACUUCAAGGACGCUCAGAGGAUAGCAAAGGAGGUCAAAAGUAGUUUUUCAAACGAACCAGACAAGUUGGCUGAACUUAAAAGGCUAGAGCAAGUGGCUGAGCACAAUAGUAUUGCCUUAAAUGUCAUUUGCCGGGUUGGUACGCUUGACCCCUCUCUAAAGGUAUCGUUUGAGUUCAACCACCAUCCUUAUUUUGCCACUGCAGUGGUUAAGAGAUCUUAAAGUGUGUCCUUUAAUGAUCUCGAACAAUUUUGAUGAGAAAUAAAAGAAAAUAAAAAAAUAAAAAAAGAGAGAGAGAGAGAGAGAGAAACUCAGGAUUUGAAGCUGAGCGUCUUAAAUAGCACAUGUAACAAUCUUAUAUUGUCUUAUAGAACUA